AUGUCAACCUCGAACCAAACGAAUAUUCCUGCCGCAGUCUUGACAGAAGAAGAGAAGCAGUCAAUUAUCAAUGCUGCUAAAGGCCAAUACAAGGAGUCUAUAAAGAGCCGAAGAGUCGAAGCCGUAUUGGUUUACAGUGUGGUUUUAUAUGGGAAACCUCCAUCAUUCUAUUCGGGUUGGGCCAGUGGAACAACAGGCCAUUGGGGAAUCGUUGUUGAUGGGCUAUUGCACCACCUUGUUUUCAAGUUGGAUGAAGACAGACAGCCAGUGGGAAUCGAGUUUGAAAGACAGGAUUUUAAACAACAAUGGAUCGAUGAAGGAAAGGUGACUGCUAAAGAAGAAAUUGGCUCAACAUCUCUUCCGCUGGAAGCUAUCAAGGCUGUUGGAGAAUCACUGAUUUUGCAUUUUGGCGAUUACCGAAGACUGUACAGAAACUGUCAGACAUUUGCGGACAUUUUUGUGCAAAUUGUUUGUGACGUCGACCACAAAGCAUUCUCUUCACCAUCUAUCCAGAAUGUUAUCGCCACUACUCUUUUGGCUUUUCCCCUGACUACAGUCGGCGGCUCCGUUAUGCACAUCAAGCAAAAAAAAUUCAUCAAGAAAGUCAUCAAGAAAACAAAAAAGGCAAUUUCUUGGGAAGAUAUUGUUGAUGCUGAAAUUAAUGAUGAAAUCAACAAAAUUGAGCUGGGCAUUGUUGGAUCAAAAACUAGUUGUUCCCUUAUUAAAAAGCAUGUUCUUAAUAAUACGUUUUAUGACAGCUUUCUUUCUGUUCUGAUAUUAUUGCGGGAUAAUUCAUUUAUGACAAAUGAUACAUUCAAGUUCUUUGGUAAAUCAAAAGAUAAUAUCUUCAUUUUUGUACAUCUAACUGAUUUUUUAUUGGAUAAUGUGAAUGACGAAAUUUACCAAACUUUCAAUUAA